AUGGUGCCUGUCAGAGCGGUUCUGCUUCUUGCGUUUGCCUCCUUGUUGUUGACUGAUGCCGCUCAAGUCGGAAUCACAUGUUCAAUGUGCAAAACAGAGCUCGCUAGCAUUAGUGAGAAGAUCCAUUCAUAUCCCGGUCUUAUGGCACAAAUGAGUGAUACGAUUUCACAAGGUUGUGACCAAAUUCCGGACGACUUACAGCGGAAGGCGUGUCGAGAGGCCGUGGAGGAAAAUACUCCACUUUUCUUACAAAACUUUUUGAAAACAGCGGAAGCAUAUGCUGAGAAUCUCUGCAAAAGUAUGGGUUACUGUCAGUAA